UGAGAGGAAACAGACUCACAAUCAGCCACAAUAUGGUUUAAGAGGGAGGAGUCUAUGUGUGUGUGUGUGUGUGAGAGAGAGAGAGAGAGAGAGACUCUUGAGUUCCCUCACUGGGACACUGAUGUUGUAGUGGACACUGGACAGAGUGGAUGGUCCUUGUAUGUUCGUCAUUACCUGGAUGUAUAAUUUGUUUCCUUCAUCAUCAUCAUCAUCAUCAUCAUCUUCAGCUGUGUUCACUCAGUGACUGUCACAUUGUCUGUUUAUCGACGGUGGAUUUGAUCUCGGUCACAGUUUGUGCAGUUUAACAGAACAGUUCUGCGCCCCUUUAUAUCCCAGUCUCCAUCUCGGCUUCUGAGAAGUUCACGAGAGUGAAAGCGUUGAGGGGACGGAGCGGCGGAGGAGGAGGAGGAGGAGGAGGAGAGAGGACAGCGUUGUGUGUGUUUUUGAGCAGGAGAGGAUGAAGGGGACUGUUUCUUGUGUCUGGACCUAAAAGAUAAAACAAUCAUCUUCCUCAUCAGCAGCAGUUUGAGCUGAGGAGGACUGAAAGUGCCUGGAGAAUCUGGUGGAUGUGUAUGGAGUCGCUGGGGGUGGCUGCCAAGCUGCAGCUAUGGUUGUUGAGUCGAGGUUUCCUGCCUCCUCAUCAGUGACCUGGUCGUUUUUGUCUCACCAUGCCGGAAGACCCCGUCGCCUCCGUACUCUACAUCAUCCUGGAGCUGCUGAUUGCUGUGUUCUCUGUGCUGGGCAAUGUGCUGGUCUGCUGGGCCGUGUGCCUUAACAGCAACCUGCAGAGCAUCACUAACUUCUUCGUGGUGUCGCUGGCCGUGGCCGACAUCGCGGUGGGCGUCCUGGCCAUACCCUUCGCCAUCGUCAUCAGCACCGGCUUCUGCUCCAACUUCUAUGGCUGCCUCUUCAUCGCCUGCUUCGUGCUGGUUCUCACUCAGAGCUCCAUCUUCAGUCUGUUGGCCAUCGCGAUCGACCGCUACAUCGCCAUCAAGCUACCACUCAGGUACAACAGUUUGGUGACAGGCCAGCGAGCCCAAGGCAUCAUCGCCAUCUGCUGGGUUUUAUCCAUCAUCAUCGGCCUGACCCCGAUGAUGGGCUGGCACAAAGAGGUCGAGCCAGUGUCACCGAAAGCUGCCGACAACAGCACGUGUCUGCCCGCUCAGAUGAAGUGCCUGUUUGAGAAGGUGGUGAACAUGGAGUACAUGGUCUUCUUCAACUUUUUUGCCUGUGUGCUGAUUCCUCUGCUGCUGAUGCUGGCCAUCUACCUGCGUAUCUUCAUGGCCGCUCGUCACCAGCUCAAACUGAUUGAGUUGAAGGCGUUUCACGGCGAGAAGUCUCGCUCCACGCUGCAGAAAGAGGUGCAGGCGGCCAAGUCUCUGGCCAUCAUUGUGGGGCUGUUUGCCGUCUGCUGGCUGCCUCUACACAUCAUCAACUGCUUCACCCUCUUCUGUCCUCUAUGCGUUCGUCCUCCGCCCUGGAUCAUGUAUUUGGCCAUAAUCCUCUCUCACGCCAACUCUGUGGUCAACCCCUUCAUCUACGCCUACAGAAUCAAGGAGUUCAGACUGACCUUCCGCAGGAUUAUCCGCCGCCACAUCCUGGGCCAGCAAGACAUGUUUGAGAGUGGCAGCAGUAAACGCAACUCCACUUACAACAGCAUCACAGACUCCAUCAGACUCAAGGCAAACGGCCUCAGCUUUCAGUUCUUCACUGAACACAGUGGCAGCAGUAGCUGUGAAAGCUCCUGCCACUGUCCCACUUACAUCUCUGCUGUAGGGGGAGGACUGGUGGCGGUGUCCCGCCCCCCUCUCUCAGUCAUCAUCUCCCACUGUCCUAAAACAGACCUGUGUCCACUGCAAGGCCUCACACAAACUCAGAUACCAGAGGGUCAUCAUCAUCAUCAUCAUCUACAGUUCACAGAGCAGCAGCAGCAGCAGCAGCAGCAGCAGCAGGACUGCAGUGAACCAGUCGUCAUGGAGGACAAAGACCUGGUCUCGUCACUGUUCAGGAUCAGACAGGCAGGACAGGAAGUGCUGCUUCAGUGAGGUGGCAAAGGUGUCCUGACGCGGGAGGGAUUUAUAGUUGUUGUCAGGUUUAGAUCUGCGACGGUAACGUUUGUGCAGAUAAUAAAGGACAGCAAACACUCACUAAAAUAACUUCUUCAACACAUCGAAACUGACUGCAAGAUGUUUUUCUUUGAAAAUGAUUGACAGAUUAAUCGAUUAUGAAAAUAAUGCUUCGCUGCAGCUCUAAUUUCAGAUUCUGUUGAUAGUUUUCCCUUAAAUUAAAACAUAAAAAAAAACAUUUUAAUGUGUGUAAUGACAGAAAUGGACCUCUCAUGUUGAACUCCUGUGCUCGAUCCUCACCAUCCCAUCCUCAGCGGUCUGAACAGAACAGAUUCUCCCUGUGUCUCUCGUCUUUCACUGCUGCAUGAGCCACAAAUCUACACACGACCCGCGUCCUCUCAAUAAUGGAGAGAAGAAGUAGCACGGACGUGGACACAAAUGCGUCAGCGGACGAUUUGGAUCACGCAAGGACGAGGAGGCUCAAAGUGACGCCAUUUCAUUCAAGCAACAAUUAUCAAAAGUGCGGACAGAAAGGAUGUAAUUUUUCUUUGUUAGUGUAACAAAAAUGUGAACGACACAUGGAUGGUGGCCUCUAUAUAUAUAUAUAUAUAUAUAUAUAUAUAUAAAAGACUUAUUUCUAAGGCUACAAUAACUGUACUAUAUUUCAUACACUGUCACAGACCUACAUCAUCUUAAAUGUUACACACUGGACUAAGAGUUCAGUGAAAGACUCAGCAAAGCUCAGCUAAUAAAGAAGAGAGUGGAACUCUAUUAUUAUUAUUAUUAUUAUUAUUAUUAUUAUUAUUAUUGUUGUUCAACUUUGUUUAAUUGUCAAUGAAAUGAAUAUACUGUAGUUUGUGAGUAAAGCCUGACAACUCAAUUAUUGACAGAUCACAUUAAGCCACUACCAUGACUCAUGAGCAGAGCAUUACAAUCCUUUUCUAUAGCUGAGCCUCAUCCCUGCAGGAUGUUAAUGAUGUUUUGCAUUAUAUUUCAAGUGUUUUUUUUUUUUGCCAUGUAUUUACAACGAACGAGUUCUGAUUAUUAAUAUUUCUGGGCCGUCUGUCGUCUCUAUUUAUACUGAAUAAAACCCAGGACAGGACAGGUAUGAUGUGUGUGUCAGUAGCACUGUAAAAACCUCAGCGUUGGUCACGUGAUGCUGAUCGGUGACCUUGUGUUUGCUCCGUGUGAUCAUGUGACUUGACUGUGCGCUUAUUUAAGUGAAAUUCACGAAGAUGGUUUUGAAAGAUGCUGUUUGUAAAUGAUUACAUUUUAAACUAAAAUAAAUAAACAAACUCAGUUCUG